AUGCCUAGCUUCUUCCAGUUCACACAAGGCACAGAGUCUCGCGUCCGACCAAACGACACAUCGCCCUUGCUAGGACGAUUCCGAGCCGUGCCUCCUCGCCCGGGCCAGACGCAGCGGCGAUCUAGCCAGCUUGGGCUGCUAUCGGAUCGAACAUCAGGACUAAGCGAUGGGAGAGGCAGUGUUCACGUUGGCUACGGCGCCCUGGUGGCUGCACAGCUCGCCGGUGAGGCUGAUGACGAUGCCGCCAUAGACGACGACGACGACUAUGAUGACGACCUUUCCAUGUGGCAGAAGGUUUGGCAACGCUGGAUCAUGGACUUGUGGGUGAACCCGAGGCAGACUGCCGUCAAGAGGACCGUUGAUAGGUGGUGGAGCAGGUAUGGCCUUUUGGUGGUUUUGCCCACUGCCUUGGCCAUCGGAUGGUGUGCCAUACCCUUCCCCCAAUACCCUCUACCCGAAGACGACAAUCGCAGCUCCCCUGGGGAUGUCGCCCGCAAGCCCCCCAGUCACGGUUCUGCUGAAGUCCAAGUCAACUUUUGGUUUUUCCUCUUUGUCUACUACGGAUUCUACAACAUCACUGCGCUGAUAUGGAUCACCAAGGUCUUCAACCUGUACAGUCUCAACUGGUGGCCCAAGUCGCUGGGCUUCCCCGUGACUGUCUCUCUCAUCGCCAUCCUGUCCAUUGCCGUCCCGAUUCCCAUUUACUACAUACCCGAAACUCGCUGGCUUACCGUCCACAACACGUCGUGGAUCUCAUGGACCUUCAUCAUCAUGGCGACCCCUGUAGCAAUCGCCUUUCUCAUACUCAUGACCAAUGAGAGACACAUUGGUCUGCGACACUCGUUAUCCGAGACGCAACGCAUCUUUACAUCAUCAUGGUGGACUGGUGACCCAGACACGCUGCCUCCGAGGCGAGAUCGACGCUGGCGCAACAACAUUGCCCCGGAGUCUUUGGAGCCGGACAUGUUGUACGUGAACCCGCCAUUGCGUUCUCAACGAGUAGCCAUGAGACGAAGGUGGUUGCCAGCGAGCUUUGUGAGGUUCCUCUGGUUCUGCGUCGCAUUGUUUGUCGGCUUCAUGGUGUAUGUUAUCGGAGAGGCAUAUGCCGAGUUGUAUGUGCAGACCUUGCCGCACAACAAUCUGGAGACGGUCGUCUAUGUCUAUGGUUGGGUCGCCACCGUGCAUCUUCUGGACGCCUUGACGGGUUGGGUGCUGGGUAUCCGCGAGGGCGAGCGAGUCGGGAGCUACCCGCUGAGUUGGGUCUUUAAGCUCUACUUCAUGCUGACCUACCAGACCUACGUCCGUGCCCUAUACGCCCGACUUCGCUCUCCGGGACAGUUCAUCAGUCUCCAAAUCCUCUCGUCCACAUCCCUCGUUGUCAUCACCCCCAUCAUGAUGACUCGGUUUGUUCACCGCAUCCUGACCGUCCUCGGCCUCAAUGGCCUCAGCUACGGGUCUUACCAAAAGCUCCAGACUCGCAAUGUCUUUAUUCGAUUCCUCGCCGAAAACACGUCCAUGGCCACCUUUUUGGGCAGCGUCGCUGUCCUGCACUACGGCGCCAAUAAAGCCGUAUACCCGUUUUUCGCGUUUGAAAACUUCAACCUCACCGUUUCUGCGUCCUCGAUUACCUGGGCGUGCGAGCUGAUUGCCAGUCUUGCGGUACGGCUGCUCAUUAGGCUCUGCUUCAAGGUGGACGUUGGGCUGGAGGGCAAGUUGGAUUUCACGGUGUGGCCAGAACUCCUGCCGACUUGUGUGGCUGUGAUACUGCAUGUUUUGCAGAACAUGCUGUUUUCUAUAAUACGGCUCCAGUUCCGUUGA